CGAGCUGCGCGGGCCGGAGCGGAGCGAGGCGGAGGCGGAGCGCGGCGAUGUGCAGGAUGUCGUUCAAGAAAGAAACACCACUUGCCAAUGCUGCGUUUUGGGCUGCAAGAAAAGGAAACCUGGCUCUCCUCCAGCUGCUGCUGAACAGUGGGCGAGUAGAUGUGGACUGCAAAGACAGCCUUGGCACAACAGCUCUGAUGGUGGCAUCUUACUAUGGCCACAUAGAUUGUGUGCGGGAAUUGGUGUUGCAAGGAGCAGAUAUCAAUCUGCAGAGAGAGUCAGGUGCAACUCCUCUGUUCUUUGCUGCACAACAAGGCCACAAUGAUGUAGUGAAGUUUCUCUUCUCAUUUGGAGCCUCCACUGAAUUUAAGAAUAAAGAUGGAGGUACAGCUCUUCUGGCUGCCUGUCAGUAUGGGCACGCAAAAGUAGUGGAAACUCUGUUGAAGCACGGCGCCAACAUUCACGAUCAGCUCUACGAUGGAGCUUCUGCAAUUUUCCUGGCAGCACAAGGAGGCUACCUGGAUGUCAUCCGACUGCUGCUUUCCUCAGGAGCAAAGGUUAACCAGCCACGGCAGGAUGGGACAGCUCCCUUGUGGAUCGCCUCACAGAUGGGUCACAGUGAAGUGGUGCGAGUCAUGCUGCUCCGCGGUGCUGAGCGAGAUGCUGCCAGGGAUGAUGGUACAACUGCUUUACUGAAGGCUGCCAUUAAAGGGUACAACAAUGUGAUAGAAGAGUUGCUGAAAUUCUCUCCCACGCUUGGCCUCCUUAAGAAUGGGACCUCUGCUCUCCACGCAGCUGUCCUGAGCGGCAACGUGAGGACAGUGGCACUGCUCCUUGAGGCAGGAGCGGAUCCAUGCCUGAGGAACAAGGCAAAUGAACUGCCAGCAGAACUAACAAAAAAUGAACGCAUCCUCCGACUCCUCCGUGCAAAGGAAAAGCAAAGGAAAAGCUAAUGCAGCCCUGUAGCAAAUGCAGUUUGACAGAGAUGUGCCCUGACCACAGCAGCAUGACAGUAAACCCAGGCUACCCAAGAAGGGCUUGUUGGAACAGUUUGCAGAACUGAUUAGCCUCUCCAGUACAUGCUCCCUGAAUGCACGAUGCCCUUGCCAUAGGGUUACCACGGGCUAAGGCCUCUGCCCGGCAUCACUAGAUGCAGGACUAUGACAAGAGCAGGGUUGGUCCAGGAGCUGCGUUUGCACCACAGCCCUGCCUGUACUCCAAGAUCCCACCACUCCCAGCACCAGCGUUUGCUCCUCCACACCUCCAGCAUACACAUCCCCACACAGGCGAGCAUUCCUGCUGUUUCAGACACGCAUCCCCAUGGCCACAUACCUGUAACAGGUGCCUGGGGGUGCAUGUGUGGGCUGGGAGCACUCGGCCCUUGUGCCAGAAGGAUGCCCAGACCUUGCAGCUCUUUGGAUUCAGACGGUCCUGGCACAGCCCCACAGUGCUGCUGCCCUCCCUUUGCUGACAGUGCUAGCUCAGAUCAUUCCUCUCUACCUCCAAGUGCCACGUGAGGCUAGAGUUGAGAUCCUGCCUGCAAUAUCACAACAGGAAAAGUUCUCCUGCCAGCCCAGGGGUUUGGUAACAUUUUUGCUACUACACGAAAUCCAUAAAAAUGAUCAAGAGCAUUACAAAUGAUGCCAAAAGCUAUCAACCAAACAAAAAGCAAGGAAAUGUCCUCUCAGUUGUAGGAUCUUGAUCUGUCCGUCUGUCCAGCAACAGAAACACAGUGGAGCAGUUGAUUUUGCAACGCCUAUGCAGUGCUGUGGGGAUCCAUCCCCAACCUUAACAGUCUACAUAUGUGCAUUUUUCUGGGUAGGGGAGGACCAGUUAUUGAGCAAACCAACAAGGACGUAAAUCCACUGGCACAAGUACAUCAGAAAUUUAGCUGUCGGGCACAACAAACAGUACAGACACUAUACAGGUGGUAUACAUAUGUUCUGCAACCACGGAUAUGUGACACUAUGGUUUAGUACCCACAGCUACUAUGCAACACACUUGUUCCACAGGUCUGUGACAGGAGCUAAGGGAGAUGUGCACAGUAUAUAGGUAUUUCAACAGCUGGUGAGGGUAACAUGUAGUCAUACUGAACAGGCCCACUAAUUAAUGCAGGCAUGGAAAAUGAACUCUCAACAGUAGUUUUGGCCUUUGUUGUGGUUAAGGCACUUAGACAUGCUACUAGUGCCUGUGUGGGGAAGGCAGUGCAAAUUGCAGGUGGUUUGUAAAGAGCUGUGUUUUAACCAUGUUACUGUAAGACAGUCCAUUAAAAUCCAGUCAUUUUUGCCAUAUAAACAGUAUAUACCAUGUCCUGUUGGCCACAAAAACAUUAGAGAUUAAUUUACAGUGAGUUGAGGUAAAAAGUUAAUUCAGUACAUAAACACAGGCACUUCACCUGCCUUCAAAGACUGUAAGGAAAUGAAAUGUUACUUGCUUAAAAAAUGUCUGCCUAGGAUUCAGCUGAACUGUUGCACUUUUGCUUUAGUGAGUUAAAAGGAAAUCUUUUAGUGAGCUACCACAAAUGAAUGUAAUUUGUGUAGUGAAAAUUAGCCAUAUAUAUUACCAAAUCAUAAAGUUAUCCUGUCUGUAAGUUAGGUAAGAAGUCAAUGCUCUGGUGAAGAGAACAGAAGUGGAUGUACCUUUGCUUGCAUGCUGGAAUUGCUAUUCAAUUUCUAUUCAGCAUUAAAGAGGAAAGCUCUUAAGUUUUCCAACAAUGUAAUAGGAUACCAGAAAAGUCUAUUUGUUUAGGUAAUUUAUGCUGCUUUUAAAUUAAAAUAAUGUUGUGCCUAAGAGAAACUUGCAGAUGAACUGGUACAGAAUCAAAGAAUUAUGCAAGAUGCUUAGAGGAUGGUUGUAUCCAGGGUUAAUUUCUGCAAAGACUAAAAAAUACUGAGCAUGCAGAAAUCUCAAGAGCUUUAUUGGGAACUUAAGUUGCACAACAUUAGAUGGGACUGCACUCUGACUUCUUUAACAAACAACACUGGAGAGGACAGGUUUAUUUAGAGCCUCCAGUGGGCUGAAUAUGAAUGUAUUGUUUUGAAGAAAACUAGAAGAACUCUAGGGCAGCGUGGUCUCAAUAUUGAACUUUCUCCCUGAAUUUUCUUCAGAUCAACAAUUGGGAACAAUCACACACUCAAGACGAAAAGCUUUUUCAUAUUGGUAAAGGAGGUGAAUAAUCAUUAGAAGGUCUUCAGUAGCCAUGCAGUAAAUACUCUGAAUAUCAGAUGGGAUGUAGUGAUCAAGCAGUCUUUCUAAAAAAUGUGGAAGCAUCCACUGUUGGUGAGGGUCUCCGAAUUUUUCCUGAUAGCAGAGCAUAGGAAAGAGAACAAGGCAAGCCAACAGUGGUCCUGCAACUGCUGAAGUAAGCAAGCUGAGAAAACAAUAUGCAGGUGUCCAGUAUCUGCUGGUGGCCAGGUUUAUUUUCUUUGGAGAGUCUUCUCACCCCAAAGGGGGUAGCUACUCAACAAAGAGCUUCCUCAGCUAUGCCUGUCCAUGGGAACAUGCACGUCUGCUCCUCACCAUUUAGAGUAGGAAUUUCCAAGUCCUGUGUCCAGCUGCCUUCAUGAAAGGUCACCACAGCCAGGGCUCUUAAGAGACAUGUGAAGAACGCCUGGGGUGCUGUGUCCUGUACAGCGCAUCUGCUGACCUUCUUCCAAGAGAAUACAGCUACCCAGUCCUCUUUUUUUUUUUUUUUUUUUUUUUGAGACAGUGAUAUUGGGCUAUAGCUGGCUUUUCUUAUUUCUAAAUAAAAUUUGAAAUGUAGGGCUGGUACAGGUUGAAGGGAGAGGCUUGUUGCUCUCUCAUUGCUCUUCUUAGAGCACACAGGUUGGGGGUGAGGGGGAGCUGCACAGUGGAGAACUGCCUGUCCAGUCUUUCUCUGCCCCACUCAGGCUGAAGUUCAAUCUGGUUUCAUCAAAGACACUAUUCAACCAAAACAGGACUUUUAGUGGAAACCUUCCUGUUGGGAGCAUUUGUUUCAUCUCAGAGCCUUUGGAGAGAGAGGUGGUUUUAGUUUUGGGUUCCCUGUAAGCAAAAGGUGCUUAUUCUGCCUGUAGAUGGGCUUGAAAGUUGCAAUACUGUUUAUCACCAUGCAAUUAACCUUUUCACAAGGAAACCUUAAUAAUUCUUAGUAUUUAUGUAGCUGUUGUUAUCUUUAAAGUGCUCAGUAAAUACCACUGUGGUCUCUUUGUUGUUCUAAAACAGAAACCUGCUUUCCUGUGGUUGUGAUUCACUAAUAUUGACAGUAAUCCUUUGCAUAGUUGUGGUGCCUUUUGUGUAAGGCUUUCAAAGUGCUCUGUGGAAACUCUUACCUUUGUAAGUUCCUAAAUGCAUUGUGGAGGGAAGCAAGGAAAUUGAUGAUUUCAUUCACAUGCCAGUGAAAUGAAGCAGCUCUUCAUCAGUUCAUGUCAAUAGAUAAGAGUAAAUUUAGACUAGAAAUUAAGGAGCACCAAAUUUAUUUCAUAGAUGGCAGGAUGAAUCCUGGUACAAUACAAUGUUGUGAAAUAGAACUGGGACAGGUUAACAGGCCAAACUGGUUUUUGAGUUAGGUUUGGGAUUUUUUUUCACCAGAAAGUGCCAUAUAUAUACCCAUCUUACACCCCAAAAGAAUCAGCUCCACUAGCAUACUGCUAUUAGGCUUGCUUUUCUGCACGAUCAGAUCCAGGGGCCUAGCCUGUUGUUCUAUUCAUAUGGGAUUUAGGCAGGUGCUACUAGCUUGGUGGCUUCCCAUCAGCUGCAAAUGAGUAGAAAGAAUGUACAGCCAAACAACAGGCUACACCAGUGAGUCAAGGGAAAGCAUACGGCAUCUUUCUUUUAUUUCACUAGUGUCAAGCCAUUGUAGGAUGGGGAAGAGCACAAGGAAAAGCUCAUGGGGUAUAGGGAGAAGUGGCAUACCAUGAGUGACACGGCAGUGGUGUAGCCUCAGAUGCCUCAAAUACAUGGAGUUCUUCAUUUAGAUGAUCACUGCAGUGCAGUGUGCAGGAACAUCUGUUUAGUAAUGAUACAAAAGGCAGUGUUGUACCUCUUGACUUGCACAUGCUCUUCUGGAGCGAAACCAUCUCACUAUUGAUCCACCCACCUUUGUUUAGUUUAGAAGAGCUGAGAGGAUUAGAGCACAAGAUCAAAUAGCUGCAGGUCAUAUUUAAUGCACUUUAACAACGAUGAUUAUCUGCCUCAGAGUCAGAGGUAAUUGCAAGAAUAAUUCACACUUCUUUAUUCAGCCAGUCUUGGUGACUAUUGGAAAAGCCAUAAGCUAACCAAAUCUAGUGUCUCAGAAAUUUCAGAAUUGUUGUACAGAAAAUGAGGUAGCACAAACCCUAGUCCAUUUGUACUUAAUUUGAUAUGAACACUGAAUGGACAUAAAAUACAGCUCUUGCCUGGAACCCUUGAGUCAUCGGUGUUAAAAUGUUAAUGUUUGCUGCGAGCCUAACCAAAGAUAAUACACAAGGCUCCUUUUUCCAGCAACAGAAUAUUGUACUGCACACCCAGGACUGAAUGGAGUUGUGCCUUCUCACAGCAGCUCUGCUUUUGGCCCUCGGGAAUGUCAUGAUUUUUCAUACUUUUCUGAAUUCCACAGUUUGUUUUGACCUGACCUUUUAUGAAUUUGAUAAAACAUAUAAAAAUGUAUGUAACUCCUUAUAAGACUAAUAUUCUGCAACAGGAAUGUUGCUUUGCAUACCAUCAUUUCAAUAAAAAUAUACUAUUUGGAUUA